UUAGCUGGUUCAUUCCUCACUCCAAGUGCAAAAGGACACCAUAAGGGUGGCCUCUUGAAAAUUCAACACACUACACUACACUCCAUGAGAAACCCUCUUUUCUUUAAACCCAAUAAUUCAAAUCAUAUUUCAACCCACUCUUCUUCUUCUUCUUAUUCUUAUUCUUCCCAAGCAAAGCCAUCUGUUACAUGAAAAGAUGGAUCUUCAAGAGUGGGAAAUCCUCCCUGAUGAUGGGUUCCUUGAAAUCCAUGAUGAUGGAGGCAAGAAAAUUUUCUCCAGAAAAUAUGAUGGGGUUGGUGAUCCAAACACUAGUGUUUUCAAUAUGAAUUACUUCAUAUGCCCAUCUCCAAAGUCCCAAAAAACUCAUCCCCAUCAUCUUCAUCUUCCACCGCCGAAUCCAAUUCCACUUCAGUUGGAUCAUCAACUGGCAGUGAAAGAAGAAGAAGUCACUAAUAAAAUCCCAAAAGCUCCAAAUAUAGGAGCUGUGGAAACUGAUCAGGACGCAGUUUCACAAGUUUUCUUCAAGAAAAUGAAGGAAAAUGAAUUUGUCGACAUGAAAAUGGAUUCCCCAAAGUCCAGUGGCAGCAGGGGAAUUCUGCCCCAACCUCAAAUUGAUGCUGCACCCAAGUUUCAGUUUGAGGAUACUAAUAAGAAAGGUGAGGAGACCAUCGAAUUGGAAUUGGAAUUGGAAUUGGAAUUUGAGGGUAAGAGUGGAUCAGAGAUGAGAAUCGAGAAAGAGAACAGAAUGGAAUUGGAUUCAGAUGAAAAUGGAAAUGGAGGUAUCAACUUGUGGAAGUGGAGCUUGAAUGGAAUUGGUGCUAUUUGCACCUUUGGAGUGGCUGCUGCUACAAUUUGCAUUGUCAUCCUUGGAAGCCACAACAGAAACAAUCAACACCGCCAGCAGCAUCAACAAUUUCAGAUCUAUUCUGAUCAAAAGAGGAUGAAGCAGGUGGUACAGCAUACAAGUAAAUUGAAUGAAGCAAUGUCAGCAGUGAGAGGUGUGGCUGUGCCCUUAACAGUGACUAGAGCUCAUUUCACUUUUGGGGGUUACUAUAAUGAUGGUCUUCUUUAAUUCUCUUUACUCAUAUUACAUUAAGAUAAAGAGAAGUUACUCAUCAUGAGCAGCAGCUUCUUCAGAUCAGAUCAUCCAUAUUAAGAGCUUUUAUCAGCAGCAGCAGGAAUAAUAAUACUAUUGUUGGGUAUAUGAUGUGAUGUACUAUAUUGUCAGCUUUACUAGUUCUGUUUUUGCAUAUUGGGAUCUUUAUAUGUUUGUAUUUUGUUUGUUCAUAGGCAUAUAUAGAUAUUGAAUGUGUGUAUUGUAAAUGUUCUCCAUUUCCA